AUGGCACCGAUAUUCUUUGCGUACGAGCGGACACCUCUUGGAUUAAAAAAGAUGAAUAUCGGCUUGAGUACCUUUGACACAUACCUGAAACGUUCAAAGACAACUUAUGCCGCUGGAAAUACCUUGACGAUCGCCGACUUUCCCCUUGUAACAGCGACAAUGUGUUUGGAGGCAAUCGGAUAUUCUUUAUCUACAUGGUCUUUCGUCGAAAGUUGGUACAACAACUAUAAAACAAAACAUCAAGACUUGUGGGAUAUUGUCGAAGGUGGAAUGCAGGAGAUCAGCUAUUUUGAAAAGCAUCCUCCUGAUCUGUCACAUAUGGAUCAUCCUAUACAUCCGGUUCGCAGACAAAAAUAAGUUUACUCCGGCGACAGCACUUGAGCAAUAUCAUUUUGCCACAAUUAAUUUUACUUAAUGUUUAUCUAUCUGUUCAUUGAAUUCGUAUCUCACAGUCUUCUGUUCUUUAUAACGACAGAAAUAUCCACAGAGAACAACUUACUAUUCUAAGAUACUGGUGAAUAAAUAAAUUGAUAAAAACGA